CACAUGUAUCCAACCUAGUAGUAACGGUGCAAAACUUGACCAUUCUCCGUGAAGCGAAACAGUAAAAAACCGGUCUCUACCUAACCAUUUAAUAAGAUCAUUAUAAGUGGAAACUAUCAUUUCGAUUUCAUAUUCGAUAUUUUCUUAUCUUCGCAGAAACAUGUAUAUAUAACGGAGUUCCGUAUUAUUACUGUUUAUUAUCGUCCUUUGUUACGACAGUGCAUAGUGUUUGUGUUGUGUAAACUUGAUCCUCAGCAUGUACACGAAAAAUCAAAAACGAAACAGAAAAAGGAAACAAUGGAAGGCUAAACAAUUGAAAAUGUUGGGGGACUACGAAGACGAAUCUUCUUCUUCUGGACCUGAACUUACUCCUACGCGGAAGUCCGGCCCUGGAACGAUCCAGAACAGUGCCAGUCAGAACCCCUCAAUAUGGUCAUCUUUACGAAGCGUCUUAAUCGUGAUUAGCUCAGCACUGAUUUGUUUCGCAGCAGCAAGAAAUUCGAUUACUUGGCACUGUCAGAGAUUUUGGGGAGCUUCUGGUGACUUCUGGCAAGCGCAGUGGGACAAGUUCUUAGACAUCAUUGGUGAAGAUUCCUUUAACUUGUGGGUUUAUGGUUCCACCAUCCUAACAUUGGGAGUAUAUUGGCUCUUUGGAGGAAUUUACACGAUUCUUGACAUCACCAAUAAACCCGCAGCGUUGCGCCGCUAUAAAAUCCAACCAGGAACUAACGAACCAGUGGAUUCGAAAAAACUUAUGAAUGUUAUAUGGUGCGUGUUUUUCAACCAAGUCAUCGUAGGCUUCCCAGCAGCAUUCUUCUUAUAUUGGGCUAUGUCUUGGAGGGGCUUUCCACCGAUUCGCGAACUGCCGACUUUCCAUUGGGUGUUGUAUGAGUUAGCUGUACAUAUCCUCGUCGAAGAGGCUGCAUUCUAUUAUUCACACAGAUUACUUCAUAACCGUCACCUCUACAAGAUCAUUCACAAGCAACACCACGAAUGGACCGCUCCCAUUGCUGUUACUGCCAUUUAUUGCCAUCCCAUUGAACACUUGUUUUCCAAUUUGCUUCCACCAUUUUUAGGAGUGUUCAUUAUGGGUUCCCAUGUGGCCACUGCGUAUCUUUGGUUUGCUCUUGCUCUUCUGUCAACGUUAAAUGCGCACUCAGGAUACCAUCUUCCGUUCUUCCCGUCACCAGAAGCCCAUGAUUUCCAUCACUUGAAAUUUAAUAACUGUUUCGGUGUCUUGGGUGUGCUAGAUCGUCUUCAUGGUACUGACACCAACUUCCGGUCAACUCGCGCAUAUGCCAGACACAUUAUGAUGUUGAGCUUCAUCCCUCCAAGAGAAGCUUAUCCUGAUCCAAAUCUGUGCAAACACAAACUCGGAAAACAAUAACGGAAUAUCCAGAUUUAUUGCGUUUGGCUGAUUGGGGGUAAUAAAUGGUAUUUUAACUCAUGCACAUAUAUAAUUAUGUAAUAAUGUUAUAGUGAUAUUGGUAGUUGUAGUUGAAACACAUCCUGAAUGUGACCAGGAUCCUAAGUCAGUUGUUGAUUUUUCAAAAAAGAAAUCUUUUUAUGUUGUGGAAAUAUCUAUAGUUAUUUACAAGUUUGUCAACAAUAUAAAAUUAUGUAUAUAUCAAAGGUCAUUGUGCGUCAUACAGUAUAAAGAACUUCGUUUUUUUUUUUAAUAAAGAGGAAACUGUUAAAAAGUGAAGUAAACGAAUUUAAAUUUAGUAGGCAAUAAGACUGGAAACUGUAUAGAGCCUGUAUAAUACACUUUGUAGUAAGUUUUCACUUUACAAGAUGACAAUGUAGUACCUAUCACUAUUUGAUGUAAUACACGCUUCCAGUAUAUGUUGAUUUUCCCAAAGAAUUUCAUGUGUAGUUUUAUAUGAUACAAAACAAAAAGUUUAAAUUAACUAGAAUAUGUAAACCAAUAUUUUUAUUUCAUAAAGAUAAACACGGUGAAAAUCCAAAAUUAAAAAAAACAACGUACAUUUGUAUUUGUAUAAAGAAUCAAUAAAAAUGUAAGAAUUUUGUUUUAGUUAAACGUUCAUUUCGUAAAUCACUUGAUGUUAAAAGUUACGUUUCGGAUAUAGAUAUUAAAAAAAUGCAUUAAACGUAGUAAAAAUCUUACACAUAAUUAAAAAACAAAUGCGUGUUAGGCGGUAAGACAUCACUAGUUAGUCAAGUUAUUAAAAACUGUACAGUGAUAAUUUAAAACAAACGAAAUGUUGAUAUAAACUAUUAUAGUAUACGUCAUUUCUUAGUAUAAAGACAUAAACCUUACGCAUUUGGUACGAUUAAUAAAUGUGAGAAAUUGAAUGUGAAUUGUACAUUGUGUAUUUUUGCAUACGUCGUGCAUUUGAACACAAAUACAAUGAACACUUCCACACAUUUUCAUCACCAGUAAAAAAUAAGUAUUUCAUGCGGUUUGUGCACUAUAUUUUUCUGACAAUUUCUCACUGACACGGUCUUUCAGUGCACAUCCAAGUAUUAUUGUCGUAAGAAAAUUAUCUUCAUUAAAAUGUUUAUUCACUUUUGUCACAGAUUCCUCUCUUUUAUUUUGAUGGUAGUAAACACUGAACAUGAGGUGUUAAAUCUGUACCUAACAUUAGGUAUACAAUUAAGACAUGAUAAUAAUAAACAUGUUGCACUUCUAAUUUUGCGAAUUGACCUUUGAUGUUCUAGUAAAUAUUGUCCUUUAAAUUUUACUACUUCAGUAGAAAAUAAUAAAUGUAGAAUUUACAAAUCAAGGAAAUACUUACACUUUUGUUAUCAAUGUUCUAUGUUGACUGUGAUUUGCUUUUUAAAUAUGUUGAGGAUAUUGGUCCAGUGUUGAUAAUAUCAUAAAAAAUGUAAAUAUUUCAAUUGUUUAAAUGUAAAGCUGCAUACGUCAACCAUGUUUUCAGUAAUGUAUAUUAAAUAUUAUGUACGUAACAAUGGUGUACAAAAUUGUUACGCAACUUGUGUCAUUUUUCAUCAUAUUUACUGGUAUAAGGUUAAAACCAAGAAUAAUUUUGUAGCAGCAAAGGUUUUUGGGAACAAUAUGAAUAAUCAUGGUUUCAGAAUUUAAGCUUACUUCUAUAUUUAUUUGCAUUUUCAUCUUCAAUCAACAGUAGCAUCAUUCUUGAGUCACAUAACUGGGUGUUGAAUUACGAAACUGGUACUUUUGAUGGCUGUAUUUUGCUACUUGAAAAUAUAUUUAUAUUAUACCUAUAUUAUUUUAAAUAUAGCAAUAAAUACAUA